UUCUACUCAGAUUCUGCAGGGAUAAACAAAAUUUCAGAUGGAUUCAAUGGAAUUUUCUCUGACCAUUGCUAUAGUGUCUGUUCUAUCCGACAUCCAGACUUAAAAUACUUUGAGAACAAAGAUGACGAUUCCGAUACAGAGCUAUCGAGCGACUCGCCUAAGUUCGCGGAGGGAAUCGGAGCCAGGAAGAGAAAUCAGAACUACCUAGUUCACAGUCCUGUGCUCAGAAUACUAGACCACGCCACCUUUCCUACAGAGAAACCCGGCCCCGACGUUGAAAUCUGUGACGACGAGUGUGACUCCCCGGAAUCCGUCCAUCCCCCAAACUCGGAGGAGAGCCCUAUAGAGGUUCACGCCGCGGAAGACGUUCCGAUCGCCGCGGAGGUGCACGCCAUCUCCGAGGAUUAUGACGCAGAGCCCGAAAACGUUUCGUCCGAAAGCCUUCAGGGCCAGAUGGAUGAAGAACCGCCUGCUAAAUUUUGUAAAGUCCUGGACAGGGGUCAGGCCCUGAACGUCACUGCCCAGCAGAAGUGGCCCUUGUUAAGAGCUAACAGCAGCGGCCUCUAUAAGUGUGAACUCUGUGAGUUUAACAGCAAGUACUUUUCUGACCUGAAGCAGCAUCUGAUCCUGAAGCACAAACGCCCCGAUUCCAACGUGUGCCGGGUCUGCAAAGAAAGCUUCUCUACCAACGUGCUCCUGGUCGAGCACGCCAAACUGCACGAGGAGGAUCCCUACAUCUGUAAAUACUGCGAUUACAAAACUGUGAUAUUUGAAAACCUCAGCCAGCACAUUGCGGACACUCAUUUUAGCGAUCACCUGUAUUGGUGCGAGCAGUGUGACGUGCAGUUCUCUUCAAGCAGCGAGCUCUACCUGCAUUUCCAGGAGCAUAGCUGCGACGAACAGUACCUCUGUCAGUUUUGUGAGCACGAAACCAAUGACCCGGAAGAUUUGCACAGCCACGUGGUGAACGAACACGCGUGCAAACUAAUAGAGCUAAGCGAUAAGUACAACAGCGGGGAGCACGGACAGUACAGCCCUUUCAGCAAAAUUACUUUCGAUAAAUGUAAGAACUUCUUCGUGUGUCAGGUGUGCGGUUUUCGAAGUCGACUGCAUACGAACGUCAACAGGCAUGUGGCUAUCGAACACACGAAAAUUUUCCCUCACGUUUGCGACGACUGCGGGAGAGGAUUUUCGAGUAUGCUCGAAUACUGCAAGCAUUUAAAUUCACACCUCUCCGAGGGGAUUUAUUUAUGUCAAUACUGUGAAUAUUCCACAGGACAGAUCGGAGAUCUUAAGACGCAUCUAGAUUUCAGGCACGCAGCUGACUUACCUCAUAAAUGUAAGGACUGUUUGAUGAGGUUCGGGAAUGAGAAGGAACUUAUAAUUCACCAUCAAGUUCAUGAAGCAACUUGAUUUCGGUCCUCCGAAUUCACAGGGUCUUUUUGUAAAAUAAUAAAUUCAGUUUUAAUUAAGAGAUUUUUACAGCGGGUGAUAACGUUC